AAGUCUCUCAUACCUUCGUUUGGCACCCAAGGUGAGCGAAGAGAAUAGGAGAGUCAUAUAAAUAAUCGCUCAUUCUGCACAUUCUUCACAUUCAACAAAGAUACACUUACCUUUUUUCCUCACAAUUUUCUAUUCACAAACACGCAUCGCAAUGGCCUCAAAUCCAAUGGGCAAGUGCUGCAUUGUCGGCGUCAAGCACCAAGGCACACCCAAAGGCAAUGUCAAGCAAAUCGGCAACAUCCGCACAUACUUUACCUAUCCCGAAGACGGCAGCACCCAAAAUGCCAUCCUAAUCAUGACAGACGCCCUGGGCAUGGACUUUCUCAACGCUCAGCUCAUUGCCGAUCAAUUCGCCGCCAACGGUUACUUGGUCGUCAUCCCUGACGUCUUCAACGGCACCCACAUUCGCUUCCCCAUCCCAUCUUCAUUCAGCCUGCAGGAAUGGGUCGACAACACCAUGCCGCGACCACCCACCGUCGACCCCAUCUAUGAAGCAGUAAUCAAUCAUCUUCGCAACGAGCUAGGCGUCAGGCGACUCGGCGGCGUAGGCUACUGUUUCGGCGGCAAAUACGUGUGCAGAUGGUUGAAGCCAGGCGGUCUGGAUGCAGGAUUCAUUGCGCACCCAAGUUUCGUUGAUGCGGACGAAGUACGGGGUGUAUCGCGUCCCUUGAGCAUUGCUGCAGCAGAAACCGAUGAAGUCUUCCCCGCUGAGAAGCGCCGCCAAACAGAAGAUAUACUCAAAGAGACAAAGGUGCUUUACCAGGUAUUUCUCUACUCGCAUGUCGAGCAUGGAUUCGCUACUAAGGCCGAUUUGGAAAAUGAUCGGACGAGAUUCGCAAAGGAACAGGCGUUUUUUCAGGCGGUAUUUUGGAUGGAUGAGUAUGUCAAAAGGGGGCGAGACUGAUGGGAAUUGCACCUUACAACUCACUACACAUUCAUCACACAACUAUGCAGCUUCUCUAUCAAUUCCACCUCAAAAACACACCGUGAACACCCUUCCUUGCCUCAUUUAGCAUACUCAAGACGUUCAUCCUCUCAGACAAAACUCAAUCACCUACUUCUUCUCUUGCUCCUCCCCUUCCUCCUUCUCCACCUUCCCACCAACCCAUGGCGGUUCCCCAUCCCCAUCGAACUCUGCCCACAAAAAAAACCCACACCCCUCCUUCCCUGGAACAAACCCCGCAUGACACAUCCACAUAUACCGUCCCCUUGACUCCUUCCUCUUCAUUGCGCACCGCAGCACCGUCGGAAUCCCACAGCGACACCUCGGCGUAAACCGC